AUGAGGCAAUCUAUGGAUUUGGACGAGAGGAUGGGGCAAUCUACGGAUGUGGACGAGAGGAUUGGGCAAUCUAUGCGUGUAGAUGAGAGGAUGGGGCAAUCUAUGGGUGUGGAUGAGAGAAUGGGGCAAUCUAUGGGUGUGGAUGAGAGGAUAGGGCAAUCUAUGGGUGUGGAUGAGAGGAUGGGGCAAUCUAUGGGUGUGGAUGAGAGGAUGGGUCAAUAUAUGGGUGUGGAUGAGUGGAUGGGGCAAUCUAUGGGUGUGGAUGAGAGGAUGGGGCAAUCUAUGGGUGUGGACGAGAGGAUUGGGCAAUCUAUGCGUGUAGAUGAGAGGAUGGGGCAAUCUAUGGGUGUGGAUGAGAGAAUGGGGCAAUCUAUGGGUGUGGAUGAGAGGAUAGGGCAAUCUAUGGGUGUGGACGAGAGGAUGGGGCAAUCUAUGGAUGUGGACGAGAAGAUUGGGCAAUCUAUGGGUGUGAAUGAGAGAGGCAAUCUAUGGAUGUGGAUGAAAGGAUGGGGCAAUCUAUGGGUGUGGAUGAGAGGAUGGGGCAAUUCAUGA